AUAGAAUUUCAACAGUCGGUCGCGAACCGUUGAAGGUGAAACGCAAGAACGUUUUGUAAAUAGGUGUGUUGAAAAGAGGCACAUCUUUUGGGAAAAGAAGAAAAAAUCCAGUGAAUUAAGGGCAAAAUUAAAUAAUAAUUUGGUGCAUUAGAGAAAGAUUUCCCCACGUAUGAAUCCCAUUUUGUGGAUUUUUUCUAUAAAUUUCAUGUGAAUUGAGAAAAGAGACAGAGAGAGAGAGAGAGAGAGUGAAUAGAUUUUCCCUGAGUGUUCAUUGGCUUUGUGAGUGAAUCAUACAAUUUUUGUAUGUUGAACCCUCUUUUCCCCCAUUUUUCCAACAACCCCAAUGGGGAUUACUAGGUGUAGCUGAAGUAAUAUUGUGUGUUAAUUAGACGUAAAUUAAUUGCAUCCUAAGUACGUAACUUUUAAGCAUUUUCGAUUAAUGAGUAAAGUGAAUUUUCGUACGUAGUCACGAUAGGAGUAAUAAAAAUUUCUCUUAAAAGAUUCUUGUGAGAAGAUUGACUCGGACAAGACUGUGUCAGUGCAUUUGAUUCUAUCGACAAGAUAUCUAAAAUAUAUUCAAUUGCUACCAGACUGUUAGUGUGAAGACAAUGAGUGGUGUGGCCCAUUAAAAAUGCUAAUUGACGUCGAUUGCGCGCUAAUGAGGAUUAAAAACUGUUCCUAAACACCUUGAGAGAAGCUUUUGAAUCCAUCUGUGAAGAAUUGUUGGCUUAGAUUUCAUUCAAUUGAUCACGGUAAAGUGAUUUUUUUUGCACCUUUUUCUCUCCAAUGUGUUUGUGAAGUUGUGAGAAGCACGACGCUAAAGUAGAUUUUAUUCAAUUAAUGGAAUAAAAGAAAAAAAAACUUAUGAAGCCAACAUUGUAACUCUGAGAGUUGACGUCAUCUCAAUACUUAAAAAGUGAUUUGUGUGUUCUUUUGAAGUUGAUGUAUAUAAAUAGAUGGUGAAGAAAUAAAAGUACUUGCUCAUUUUGUUUGAGUAAUUAACAGAGAGAUUGAAAGAGAACUUGGUAGAAAUUACCUUAAAUUUACUGUGAAGGACAUUAUAAAUUGAAUAUUCGGUAUAAAAAAAAAGCAGAGAAUUCAUAUACAAGUCGUGGCUGAAGGACGUGAGGAAAGAAGUAGAGAGGAGUUAUGUGAAUAGAAAAUAAUAAUCAUUCCCUUUAUGUGUGGCGUGCAUUAGUGCAUUUGACAAUGGAAUAAAGAGAGGAGAAUUAGUGGUGGAAUCACACGAAAACGGCAAUCGGCAGAGGGAAGGAGAGAGAAAGAAAGAGAGAGAGAAUAAGUUGGGAAAAGUGUGAGUGUGGAUAAAUUACAGAUGAGAAUCAUUAUACUGACGUCACUGGUGACAUUCAAAAUGCCUGCAAAGAGUGUAGAAUGAAAUAUCACAUUCCCUAUUCAGCCUGGGAGAGGCGAGAUAUUGAAUAUCGCGGAAGUGAGAAACACAAGGAGAUCGAACGCGAGAGGAUGGAUCGUCAAGUGCAGCAUCAGCAGCAACAGUCACACGAGCGUCAGGACAAGCAGUCGUGCACGACGGCCGAACAGGCGGUGAGCAAACACUUUGAGGAAUCUCUUCGUAAUGUUAAAGAUAAGCAUAUGCACUCGGCAUGGACGCUCAACACACUCCCGCCACAGAAUCCAGUUCCACACUUGUCCCACAUCAGUAUACCUGCGCACAUAGUGCCCUCGGUGAGUGGCAUCCAGACGUCGGUUGUGGAUGGCAGUGUUAGUGUAGUGACGGGAAACUCGGGCGGCGGCGUCGUUUCUGGGGGAGGAAGUGGCAGUAGUGAUCCAAAUCAGGAGGACAAGCGCCGGCGAAUGGCGGAACAUGAGCGAAUUGUGGCAGCGGUGGCGGAUCGGGAUAGUCGUGAGCGCGAAAGGGAGAGAGAGCGUGAGAAGGAGCUAGAGCGCCUACGGCAGCAGGAGCAACAGAGGGCAUACUACAUGCAAUCUGGGGUUCAGCGAGCACAGACGAAAAGUGCGACUGACUAUCAUCGGGGAAUUUCGAUUGCACCACCGCCCAAAGUGAGACGCGAUGAUGAGAAGGCAAGUCCCAUGAAGGAUCUCAAUACACAUCAGCCAUUUACAUUGUACAGUGGUUUUACCGGUUAUCCUCCGUCGGCAUUUCAAAAGGAUAUUAAGACAAAACAAGAAAUGUCUCUGCCAGCACCACCACCUCUGAUGUCUGAUGUGAAACAUUCGACGGGUGUUAUUGUGAAGCACGACACGAAUGCAAUAAAGCAGUCGUCGAUGCAAGUUGUGCACACACCUAAGCAGCAGCAGCAGCAGCAGGCUCACUACAAGACUGUUUCUGGUGGUGUUCCAGUGUCUGCCGGUGCAACGCCACAUAUAAUGUACGACUAUCGUGUGGCGCAGCAGCAUGGAGCUCCUCAUGAUAGGUACAAGCAGCAGACGGUGUCAGUGAUGGCAUCACCCCAGUCAACGUUUGGACAUGCGGUGUCUGUAACGAAGCAGCCUCAGCAGCAGCAGCAGCAGCAGCAGCAAUCGCAGUCGCCGCAAGUGCAACAAGUUCAACAGCCACCACCUCAAGUGCAGCAACCGCAAUCGCAGCAGCAUGUUCAUGUGCAGAGUAAGUCGAAGGUGUCAUCCCCGGCGCCGUCGCACAUCUACGGGAAGCCCAGUGGGGCUGGGAUUGUGAGUGGAAUUCCCGUGUGCCGACCGCAGGAAUCGUCUGUGCACGUGGUGUCGAAAGCAUCGUCGCCUAGUCCAUUCCAUGCUCACAUCUACGGCCCACCGACGGUUCCACCGCCGCCGGCACACUCGUCCCGCUCCAUUCUCUACGACGGACGAAUGUUCACUGCGGCUCCUGCUGUGAAGCAGUCCAUGCCGCUCUCAAUGCACGGCACAUCUCCACCGACGGCGGCGGCAGCGCCGCUCCCCAUCUCCAGGUCACCUGGAGUGAUGCUACCUGUGAUUGCGCAACAGCACGCGAAUAGUGUUCAAGUGGCCGCGUCCAACUCCUUCCAGACACAACCGCUGGAUCUCGGUGUGUCAGACAGGAAUCGCGAUGACAGCAAGACGUCGCCGAAGCGAAAGGGCGCGCCCACGGGCAGUCCGAUGCAGUGCGAAGUGAAGAAGAAGAGGACUGAAAUGGUGCCACAACCGCUUCCAGUGAAGCAUCACUCGGUGCAGCAGCACUAUCUGCAGCAGGUGCCACUUCAGCAAAUGCCACCGUCACACUAUCUCCUGCCGCAGCAGCAGCAGCAGCAGCAGCAGCAGCAGCAGAACAUGCCACUGGCACUGAAUGUGAAUGCCCAGCAGCCGCCGACGAUGACGCCACCCAUGUCUGUGAGUCCGAUGGAUCAGAGGGUGGCGUCGCCUCUGGUCACUGCCAGCACGACAGUUCCUUACGUGGAGGCGCCGAAAGUGCCAAAACAGCCAAUGCUCCCUGAUGGGAUCAAUCCCACUGUCACCAUCAUGACGACGGAGGUGGCGAAUAAUGUGAAGAGCCCGAGUGUCACGGUGGCGGCGACAUACAAAGUCAACUCUGUGGUCACGUCGGUGCGAGUGAACUCGGCCGAUGGCUCAAGCCGUACGGCACUCAGUGAUAACUCUAGUCCGGCACCCAGUCCGGAAUUGCGAAGUUCUCCAGCGACUCCAGCCAAAAUUGUCACUGAGCCGGAGAAAUCAUCUAGUCCUGCCCCCAAACCCAACGCACCGCGGCAUUUGAAGAAGGCAUGGCUUCAGCGCCACACAGGAGAAGACUUGGAGGAUAGCACGGGCAUAACUGGCGGUGGAAGCUGUGUAAAGCUACCACUGACACUCAAUACCACCCCAAUUAGCAAUAGUGAGCAAUCGACCACUAAUAGCCAUAGUACAACAGUGGCUUCCACGAAUUCCACAACGCACUCGACAGUGCAUUCUAUUCAUAAUGUCGGUACUAUGGCUAUAAAUAGUAUCAACAAAACCAAAACUCUAGUUACUGGAGGUAAAACAAAUCAACAUCCAAAAAAGAGUGCAGUCAGCAAUCAAAAUAACAUCAGUCGAGACAAUGGACACAAUUCAGAUUCCAACCAGAAAGAGGAUAGUUCCAGUUCAGAUCAGGAACGUCCUCCGAAGAGUCCUCCAAAGCGAAAACCCAUUAAGGUGAAGCGACGGAAGGGUGGCGCGCGAAGGCAUGCGGAUGAGAGCAAAAAGAAGAGGCAGGCGAGCGAAAGUGAUAAGGACAGUGAAAGUGAUAAGGAGAGCAUAUCUGAUAAGGAUAGCGAUAGCACGAGUGCGUCAUUGGGGAAGAAGACAAAUGGCAGUGCAGCAGCAAAUUCGGCAAUUGUGAAGGAGCCACGAAAGCGCGGUCGACGGCCAAAGAAUGCAAAAGAUGAAGCAAGCUUUAAUGUUGGGGUCUGUGAUCGAUUAAUUGAAACUUACGACAGUACUAAAAAAAAGCAAAAAGACGAGACGAAUCCACUGAGGGACCCAUUCUGUAAGCCACCCAUAUCGCAGCUGAAGAAGACGGGAGAGUCAUUUCUGCAGGACGGUCCGUGCUUCGAAGUGGCGCCCAAAUUGGCCAAAUGUCGAGAAUGUCGCUGGACACCAAAUCAACGAUCCAAGAAUACACCAAACAUAUUUUGUCGCUUCUAUGCUUUUCGUCGCUUGAGAUACACAAAGAAUGGUCAAUUGGCUAUUGCCGGCUUCUCGGAUCCCUACAAAGAUCCGAAGGAGGAGGACUUGAAGCUGUGGAUUCCCGAUGCCGACAGUCCACCUUCUGUGCUGGACUUGCAAGGAGCACGAUUUCUGCUCGCCUACGUUGCUGACCAAUUCUGCGAUCUGGUGCAUCAGGAGAAGGAAGCAAUGGCUGAGCAUAUGGCAGACGACAAAACCAUCGCAUGGAAGCGUGUUGUUCAGGGCGUCCGGGAGAUGUGUGAUGUGUGUGAGACUACACUGUUCAAUUUCCACUGGGCUUGCAACAAGUGUGGCUUCGUUGUCUGCAUUGAUUGCUACAAGGGCCGAAAGCAUGGAUCUGACAAGACUUGGGGUGAAAUUGGUGGCAAGGAUCGUGAUGACUUUUCGUGGUUGCUGUGCACAAAUAAGGCCAUUCAUGAGCAGGAGAAGUUGAUGCUGACACAGAUAAUAGCUGGUGAUUCCCUUCAAGUGCUCACGCGUCAAAUGCACGAGGUGAGAUCAAUGUGGAAUAUUCCGUCAUUCUGUGGCUGCACACUGAUGGUGGAGCAACACUCGAAGGCGACAAAUGGUGUGUGCAAGGAGUACAUAAAGCGUCUCCUGAAGAACGAUGUGAAUGGCAUAAAGAAGGAGGUGAAAAUUGAGGGCACUUUUUCGAAUGGUUCCAUCAAGCAGGAGGACAAUAAUUCAUCAGCACUGUCGUGGUUGGCGGAAGUGGCAUUGCAGAAUGAGGUGAAGAAGAAUGGUGCCAAGGAUGGUGGGGAGAAGCGUGAGAAUCCCAAUGACUCAGAUUCAGACGAUCCAUCGCAUUCGACCCUGAGAGAGUUGCUCAUUCGGCCAUCGGGUAAAUUGAAUGGCAGUCGAACGAGUUCGCCGGUUGGGAAGCCGACAAAAGAUGUCCUGACGGAGAAUCUCGAUACGGCCAUUGCGGAUGCACUCACUGACCAGCGAGAUCCGUUGAUGGAGCAAUUCCAGAAUGCACACUAUGUCUCUGGCAAGGACCGGAAAGUGUUCAACAACGUGCCGAUUCGCAUCAUGACAAUGGUGGAGUCCAAGUCAAUGUAUCCCGAUGUGCCGCACAGUUGGCUCUGUGAUGGCAAACUCUUGCGCCUGAUGGAUCCCGCGGCGCCGAACAACAUUAAGAUAUUCCAGGAGCAAUGGCGACGUGCUCAGCCUGUUCUGGUGUCUGACGUGGCCAAGAGACUCACACCGGAUCUUUGGCUGCCAGAGUCAUUUUCGCGUGACUUUGGUGACGAGAAGAAUGAUCUGGUGAAUUGUCUGAAUGGGAAAUUGGUGGCGAAUCAGCAGAUGAGGAAAUUCUGGGAUGGCUUUGAGUACAUUAACAAGCGUCUCAAGACUGAAAAGGGACAACCGAUGCUGCUGAAGCUGAAGGAUUGGCCACCGGGUGAGGAUUUUGCUGAAAUGCUACCGAGCAGAUUUGCUGAUCUCAUGAAGGCGCUGCCACUGGCCGAAUACACACAGCGCAAUGGGCGUCUCAAUUUGGCUGGUCAUCUGCCAGAUUGCUUUGUGCGUCCGGAUUUGGGGCCCAAAAUGUACAAUGCCUACGGAUCGGCACUGUAUCCGUCCAAGGGCACGACAAAUCUCCACUUGGACAUCUCGGAUGCGGUGAAUUUGAUGAUGUACGUUGGCAUACCGAAGGACACGGACGAGGAGGAGACGAUCAAGGCGGCGUUUCGUGCCAUCGAUGAGGCGGGAUGUGAUAUCCUGACGAAGCGCCGUGUGCGCGACAAGGGUGAACUGCCGGGCGCUCUGUGGCACAUCUAUGCGCCGCGAGAUGCUGACAAGAUACGCGACUUGCUGAAUAAGAUCACGCUGGAGAAGGGCUACUGUCUCGAGCCCCAUCAUGAUCCCAUUCACGAUCAGGCGUGGUAUCUUGACGGGCCGCUGCGGGAGAGGCUGUACAAGGAGUACGGCGUGGAGGGAUAUCCGAUUGCCCAGUGUCUGGGCGAUGCGGUGUUCAUUCCCGCCGGGGCGCCGCAUCAGGUGCGCAAUUUGCACAAUUGCAUCAAGGUGGCGCAGGACUUUGUGUCGCCGGAAAAUGUGACAAAGUGCUUCGAUCUCACACAAGAAUUUCGCAAUCUCACUGACACACACUCAAAUCAUGAAGACAAGCUGCAGAUCAAGAAUAUCAUUUACCAUGCGGUGAAGGAUGCCAUUGGGUGUCUCUCGUACGCUCUCAAUCAGCGUGUCACGGAGAGUCAGGCGUUUGAAAUCAAGAAGGAGGUGCCGAUCAAGAAGGAGAUCAAGGAGGAGGCUGAGGAUCGUUUGGCCAAUUGAAACUAGGACGUGGGGGGAAAAGGUGUGUGAACUCUGAGUCUAUUUAUAUAUAAUAUGAAGUGAAGGAAGAGAUGGAAUAGCAGCUGAAGAAGUGAGAAGAAAAGGAAGUUAAUUCACAAAAUUGUUUGUGAAUCAAUUCGUCUGGAUGCUUUGUGAUAUUAAUUAAUAGUAAAAAAAAGAAAGAGAAAAGAAAACUACAAUGUAAUUAUGAUAGAGAUGAGAUCGUGACUACGUAAUUUAUUGUAUAUACAUACAUAUAUAUAAUGAUAUUUUUAAAUACAAUUCAUAUAUUUUUCUCCUGUUAAUUAUUAUUUGUGAGAAAAAGAAGAGAGAAAAAAAACGUAUAAAUUCAAUUGGUUCCAAUGCAAUUUUUUUUUAAUUUGCAAAUUGCAAUUUUCAUUUAAUCUCUAUGAUAACAAAAAAAAGGUAUAUUUAUGAAAAGAAGAAAAAAAUCGAGAUGAUAAAGGAAAAACAAAGAGAGCAACUAAUGUUUAAAUUAUAUGAACUCAAAGCCAAAAAUAUCAAUCUUAUAUUGAUAUCCCCAAAUGAAUAUAGAGAGAGAGAGAGAAGAGAUAAGAAAAACAUUGUGCUGGAUUUGAGUGGAAAGACUUAAUGAAAGAAAGAAGGAAAGAAAAAAUAUUUGUGAAAGGAGAAAAGAAGGAUUUUCAGGAGUUACAUUUUGAAGUCAGAGCAGAAAAAAAGAGAAACACUUAAAGAUGCAUUUCUAUGGAAUAAAUGUAUUAAUAGGAAAUAUACAUAAAAAAAAAUAUGGAUAAUGAUAAACAGAAACCAGAAAUGAUGAUGAUAAAAAAUAGUACCUAUUUCUUGUAAAUGUAAUGAGAAAUCACGAUGGAAAGAAGAAGGAAAAAAGUCACAUUUGUAGAAGGAAAAUAAACAAACACGACUAUUUCGACCAUUUAUUACUUAACUUCAAUUCAUAAAUAACAAGAUUAAUAAUCAAAUUCAACUAUAUGCUCUGAUUGCCUUGCAUCAUAAUCACUAUGAUUAACUUCUUUCUACUCUAAACGCCGGUGGGCGGGGGGUUGGGGAGGGGGUGAAAAUCUGUGUAGUUGAAAGAAAAUAAGGGAGAAUUUUUUGAAUUUGAUUAGGCGAAAAAAAGUUGCGAAAGAAACACACACACAAAAAAGAUGAUCUCAUACAAGCAAAAUGAUGUAGAAUUGUAGUGAGUAUUGUAAGUAAGUUUAUUUUUGUGAAUGAAGAGAAAGAAGUAAAAACAAAUGCUAACAGACUUAGUCGGAGAGGGAGAAAAAAAUAGAGGAAAAAUAAAUGAAUUUCUCGUUCAUUGGAAAAUAUGUGACAGAAAGAGAGGAGAAAGAGAAAAAUAGUGAUUUAAUAAAUAAAACACACGAUAAGACUUCAUGUUUCUUGGUUAUAACGCCAAAAUUUAUUGCAAAUAAAAAACUUCCUUUUGUGUACAAGAGGAGAAACUCCAAUAGUGAAUUAAUUAGAAAUGUACUGAGAAAUGAAUCUAGUUUGUAGGAAGAAAAAAGAAAA